CACAUAGUCGGCGCCUGAAAAGAUGUUGACGCCUGCCGGUGCGUUCUUCUUGUGCGCCUGGAGCCGGGAGAGGGUAGGGGACGGAGCGAAAAUUGGGGAGCGAAAUAAAGAAACCGUCUGUGGCAUUCGGGUCAGGUAGCACUCAAGUGGAAGGAACCGGCAAGAGGCGGGCGCGUAGGUGGUGAUUGUUUGGGGGAGCUUUUGCCGAGAAGAAGCGUUCAGUGGCCGCUGAUCGGCGCAGAUUCACACGGUUUCUAUGACGCUGCGCUUUUCGUUCGCGUGAAAUGGACAUUUCCAGCUUGCGGAUUUUCACCUGCUAUGGACAUCCACAUUUACAAUUUCAUCCGAGGCCCUUGGUGAAGAAGAAACAGAGGAAGAAGACGGAUCGCCUACUGGUUGCAUCGGAGCCAAGAUGAAGAACUUCAGCGUACAAGAGGCGUACUGGAUGCUGCCGCCGACACUGGGUAUCAAGAGGAGACCAGUGUUCAGCCUCGGCUUCCACGACUAUGUGCACAGACCCCACGGGCUGUUCGACUGCUUCGAGAUCCUGGGCGGAGUGACCGUGUACAUGAUGAUGUCCUCGACGCCGUGGAUGGCAUCUCGGGCGACGCGCUUCCUGUAUGCGUGCUCCCUCACGUGUAGCCUCUGCGGCAUCCACAUGAUCGUCUCCAGCAUGCUGAGCCCCACUUCCGCCUUCUACCUGCCGCGCACCUUCUACUACGUCCUCUUCCAAGGCGCCGGCGCCGGCUGCUACGUGAUCAGCUGCAUCUCGAUCAUGCAGGAGGUCCAAAAGAUGUCCUCGCUUUGUAUCGUCGGACUGAGCACGGGAGGCCUGCACGCUCUGCACUUCACGUACGCCUUCUACAAAAUGUACAUCGAACCGAGGGGCUACGGCUGGUUCUGAGAACCUCACUUCCUCAGCCGUAAAGCCGAAGGUCGCGAAAAAAAAAGAGCAGCCGGGCGUUCUCAAAAUUAAGGUGUCUGUGUGUAUUUCUUUCAGCGUAUUUGGGCGUAUGUGCUUGUCAAAAUUGAAAGCUUGAUAGGGCCACUGUAACACUGCCCUUGUAUUUGCUCUCAUUCAAUGAAAAAUAAAUGGA